GUUAAACAACCAUUAUGCCUGCUCUCUAUGAAAACGGGGAUUUACAGACACCCAAACCUCUGUUUAAAUGCAAAUGUGGCAUUUUAGCCUGGAACCAUGGACACGAUGAGCAUUAGGGAGGCAUCACCCCCUCCCAUAGCACCAUCUCAGGAGUAAUGUGACCUUUGGGGAAGGACCGAUGAACUGGUGGGCUCAGCAUCCUGCAUCCCAAAUCCACCCCUCCACCUGGGACUUGGCUCUUCCCCUGGUGAUGCUGGCACAAUUGUGGCAGGAUAUCUAGCACCGUGCAGAAAAGGAUGGAGGUUUGGACCCUCUCAUCACCAGGACAGCCCAAGCGAUGACCAGGGAUACACAUGAGCCUCUCAUUCGGGGCAGAGGUGCCGCCUGCUUUCACGAUACCCCACCAAGCACAGGAGCAGCUCUCUCUUGGUCCAGACUCACCGGCCAGACGAGCAGAGGCGAUGGACACAGAGUGGUGUCACCCCACCAGAGAAACCCCCCGUGCCACGUGGACACACAGCCUGGACCCUGCUGUCACCUCCUGCCCCCUCUUACCCUUCACCUGCUGCCUUCCUGCAGGGAAUUACAGAGACACUCAGUUAAAUCCCUGUCCCGUCCCACCCCCCUCGCCCCCCACCACACCCCCAGUUCUUUGAGGACCUGGCAGUGAAUAAUGCAGGAGGCUGCAGGGAUACGGAGCUGCUCUGGUUGGUACAUUAUUGAUGAGAGAUGACAGAUCCUUCGCUGACAAUCUGCUUAAGAGAUAUGAUUAGCUUGUAAAAAAUUAAUCGCACUUCUUAGGGAUGAUGCGAGCUGCAAACCCCAAGGAACAGCGUUAUCAAUGUUCCCUAAUUUCAGGGGACUUUGAAAAGGUUUUAGCAAAAUUUGGAGGCAGCAAUUACAUUCAAUUAGAAUCACAAGUGCCAAGACAUCACCGCCGCUUGCAAUGACCGUGUCCCCUGCUCCAGUGCAAUCCCUGCACAGCACUCAGCCUUUCCAAGCCCCAUAAAAACCCGCCAGCAAUCAAAAAAAAAACCACCGCCAUCCCAACACCCCUACAUGCCCAAGGCUGGGUUUUUGGCAGUGCAGCCCUACAUCUCAAGGAUGUGCAUCCAACUCUGGGAAGCCCCCAGCCUUUGGGGAUAUUGGAUGGGGACAUAAGGGCAGGAAUACACGGACUCACCAGGGACUGGAAAUACUGGUGGGAGCAGCAGCGGGCUUUGCUUGGUGCUUCCCCUGCCUCCAUCCCAUCAUUACCAGGCCCGGUUACUUGCCUGGGUUCACAGGGCUGCUGACAAACGCAUGCACAAUUCAUACAGCCCCGCACAAGAAGCCCUCUAUGCAGAGCUCGGUGGCAACUAAAAACCACGGCAGCAAAAAGCCCCCAGGGACACGUAGCAUACAGGUGGCCAGACUCUGCACAGUGCGUGGUGCCAAUUAGCCGAGCCCCCAAAUGCCUGCCCAGCCUCACGCCACACGCCACCCUGACCCCAGCAGCUUUAGAUUUUGGGUCCCUGGGGCAAUUUGGCACAAGAUGGAGUGGGGCUGUUGAGUGUUUUUUGACAGGUCUUGCUUUGGCCCUGGGCUAGAGCUUGAGAUGCGAGUGGGAUGCAUCAAUGCUAGCACCUGCCCUGCACCAAGGUGUGGCUCUUUAUCCAAAUAUCCUCGUUCCCCUGACCUUGUCUUUGCUGCCUUUCCCAGCACAAGGUGAUACCUGCCCAAACACACCACCCCCUCCCUCCCAUAAAAGGGGGUGCCAAUGUCUGGGAUGCACACAGGGGUCCCCACCAGCCAAGCCAGCACCCAGCACCCCUUCCUGGGAUCUGGUCCAGCAGCACCUCUCUGGUUUGCUGCCACCCUCUUCCUAUAAAUAUUUUGCUGUUUAUCAUGCGGUCCUCCACUGGCUGCACACAAAGACACAACAGCCCCCAAACCAAAGCCCCGCACAAAGGUGAGCAGUGUUGCACACUGCUGUUAGCUUAUGAGCAAUGAAACCCAGGUGCCAGCAAGCAUGAGAUCCCAGCGGAGCCUGUUUCCCCUUCUCUCAGCUAAGAGACUGACACCAUUAUAUUCUGUGCCCACACCUCACAUGGGAAGUUGUUUUAGCAUCACCAGUGCUCGUUUCUCCAGCAAAUCCCAUCAGGUCAGGACCAAGCCAGCAGGGAGUGAAGCCCUGAAUACAAGCAGGAGAACAGCAGCAGCCACAUUUUGGCUGUUUGGUGUUUUUGUUUGUUUGUUUGUUUGUUGGGUUUUGGUUUUUGUUUGUUUGUUUGUUUGUUUUGCAUUCAGAAGAGCUCGUGGUCUCCUCUCCCUCUCAUUCCCCAGCUCAGCCUCUGGGAUAUGCAGCCCUCGCUGGGCCUUGUUCCUUUGCACAUCUCUCAGCACGCAGAACUGUUCCCCUGGGGGAAAGGAAAUUAAUUUUUUCCCUUUGAAUUCAGCCUGCUCAGCAGAGGCUGCUGUAGGAUGCCAUUCCCAGGGCGGCCCCAAGCCCCCUCCUUUCCUCCCCUCCCCCCGCCCCCACCAUGGUACAGGCAUGGGGACCUGGGGACAUCAAGAAAGCGUCAUUCCCCAAAAUCUUCGAAAUUCAGAUGGAAAUUGGUCACAUUCCUGACUUCUUGGUCAGGGGGAGAAGGAAGCAGACGUGACAUUGGCUGGCAUCCACCGUGCCUCAGUUUCCACCACCACCACAGCCAUCCCCACGUGCAUCGCGAGGAGCCGCAACAUGCGCCUGCCCUGGUAUGGAAAAAUGAGCCAGCGGGUAACCGUGCCCUGGCAGUCCGACAUGCAGCUGGCCGGCAAGCUGGUCCUCUCUGCCGCCGCACUGCUCCUGCUGACUUUGGCGUACAGGUUUUACAAAUCCCGCUCGGCCCCCAGCAGCCCCGGAGGCAGCACCCUGGCAGCCGACGCUUGCGGAGAGACGGAGAGAAGGGAAAACACUGCCCAAGAUGGGGAGGUGGUGGCAAGUCUGCGGCGCAGGCAGGUUUUUGGUGGUGGGGCUUGGCAAGGUGGUGGCAAUGCCCAAGUGAGUGCCUUGGAGCCGCGGAAAGUGCUGGAUCGAAGAGAUCAAUGUCUGCCAGUGGGCAAGGAGGAGGAAAGAGGGGAGCCGGGAGGGCAGCCUACAUUUUUCAGCAGUGGGGACCUGGCUGAAAUGCUGAGUGGGGAGGAGGGCAGCAGGCACGGAUGCGGCGUGCUCAGCCCAUGCACUGAGCUUUCCACCCAGAUGGGGGAUGACAGAGGUGCCCAAAGCACAGAGCAGGAUUUGGCCAUCGGGGGCAUGAGCCAGGAGGGGAGCAGGGGGGUGAUCCAGACCCGUAGUAUCACCUCAGACCUGGGGAUAAUGAUAACAGCGAGCAACAAGAGGUCGGACACCUCCUACUCUUUCUCCUCGUUUGCGAAGAUCCAGGUGGAAGAGAACUACAUCACCGAGAGGAAUGUGAAGGAUGGGGCCAGACAGCUGUCCCCUGGCCUCAAAGGCAAAGUGUACGACUACUACGUCCAGUCCAUCUCCCAGACGGUGUCAAAGAAAAGGUCUCUUCCCUAUGCCCCUCUGGGAGAAGCCCUGAGCUGCAGCUCGGAGUAUGUCAAUGAAGAGCUGCAGAACUUGGAGCAGGACAACGAGGAGCUGCAGAGCUUGGAGCAAGUCAACAAAGAGCCGAAGAGCUUGGAGCACGUCAGUGAGGAGCUGCAGAGCACUGUCACCCCAGAACCUGACACCCAGUCCCAGCAACCAACCGUGGCAAUGCAGGACCCCAUCACUUCUCCCAUAGUCCCAUCACCUGCGGGGAGCUUGGAGGUUGCCACCAAGCCCCCAGCUCCCACUCGCAGUUUCAGCCGCAAGAACAGUGUCCUCCAGAUUGCUGAAAACCCCCAGCUCCAGCUUCCCAUGGAGGGCUUUGGUGCACCAGUGCCAGCCAACACACCACCAGCAAGCCCCCGGCUGGAGCUGGUGGCUGGCGCCAACUUCUUCCAAACGUCACCCCGUGCCCCGGACACCCUCCUGGAUCUGGGGAACUGCUACGAGAUCCUCUGCAUGGCCAAGGCGAAGAAGCUCAGCCACCUCCAGGAGGCUGCCUACAAGGUCAUGAGCGACAACUACCUGCAGGUGCUGAGGAUGCCCUCCAUCUAUGGCCGCCUCAACGCCAGGGAGCGGGAGCUCAUCCUCCAGCGGAGGAUGAAGGGGAAGAUGUGUGUCACCGUGGCAGACAUCAGCACGCAGGAACCUGACCUCCACGCCAGCCGGCUCUGCUACUACGAUGACAGAGGGGACCACUGGUAUCACCUCUGCCACAUGCCACCAGAGGCGGUCUCCCAAGGGUGUGCCAUGUGUAGCAUGUUCAACUACCUCUUCGUGGUGGCUGGCUGUGAGGGCUUGGGCCGUGCACAGAGACCCUCCAACCGUGUCUUCUGCUACGACCCCUUGACAAACAUCUGGAGGGAGAUCUGCCCCUUGAACCAAGCACGGCCGCACUGCAAGCUGGUGGCCCUGGAUGGCUGUCUCUAUGCCAUCGGUGGGGAGUGCCUCUACACAGUGGAGCGAUACGACCCCCGCCAGGACCGCUGGACCUUCACUGCCCCCUUGCCCCAUGACACCUUCGCCGUGGCCCACACAGCCACAGUGUGUGACGGGGAGAUCUACGUGACAGGGGGCACCUUGCGCUACGUGCUGCUGCGCUAUGCUGCCCGCAGGGACAGCUGGAUCGUCAGCCCGGCUGGCGGCAGCAAGGACAGGACAGCUGAGAUGGUGAGCACCAACGGCUUCAUCUACCGCUUCGACCUCAACCGCAGCAUGGGCAUCGGCGUCUACCGCUGCGGCGCCAAGGCCAAGCUGUGGUACGAGUGUGCCACCUACGCCAUGCCCUACCCAUCCUGCUUCCAGUGCGCUGCAGUCGGCGGCUUGGUCCACUGCAUCGGCCGGCACUUCCAUCUCCGCUUCUUGGCUGACCACAUCUCGCCACGCUUCGGGACCAAGGAGCUGCAGCCCUUCCCCUCGCCCCGCGGCAGCCUGCUCCCUGCCGUCCUGGUGCUGCCACAGGGAGGGACGGAGCAGGUGCAGGUUUGAAGCAUCCAUGCUGAGGUCUCAUGCAGCUUGGACCCGAUGGGAUGGUGAAAGCCAGGUAGCAGAAGCCACCAGCACGCGUUUACCUCCUAAAUGCUGUUGAUGCUGUUGGACCAACACUCUCAGGACAACGUCACCCUUAGCCACCAUGACAGCAUCCUGCCAAUCCCUGUAAGUGGAAAGGGAGAAGACAGAUUGCACUUAGACACUAACAAACCCAGCCUUAAGGACACAAGGAAGAGCAAAGCCGGAGCUGGGUGGACUCAUUUGCUUGCAGGUAUUUAAACACAGGUGUGCUUCCUCAAAUACAAACAAACCCGGGCUCACUGCAGGCUGUGCGCUGCCCUGUAAGUAGCUGCUUUGCAGGCACCAGGUGUUUAGCAUUGACCUGGACACCGAAUGCACAGCGGGGGUUUAGGGUGUAGAAGUACAGCUGAGAGGUUUGGUCCUCAUCGGCAUCAAGCUGUCAUUGAGCCUCACACCAGGGCAGGAGGCUGGGGACCAAAGCAUCCCCAGAAGGUACCUCUCCUACCCUUGCCUUGUUACCCGUUACCUUAUCCUCAGCCCGGAAUAACAUAUAGAUAUAUAUUUACAUGCACACAACGUAAAUAGACAAUAUAGAUUUAUAGACAGCUGGUCUUAAA